CGUCAAUACUAACUGAAAUUCCCAACUGCAAGUGUGAAACUAAGAAGACUUAACGAAGUGCCAAGAUGAAGACUUUGAUCGUCCUUGCUCUUUGCGUCGUCGCGGUGUUUGCUGUGCCACCACUGCACGCCCAGGGUAAACCCAUGAAGGUGAAGCAAGUCCCCGGAAAGCAUCAUUUCAUUCUUCACACCCAUGAGGAAGGCGUCUUGGUCCAGAAAAAGGCCAAGGUUGACCAGGGCAGGAAACUGGUCAGUUACUACGUUCCUCAACAGAACCAUGUGAACGAGUCCGAAUUCAUCCAUGACUACAAGAACAACCUGACUGUGAUGAUCUUCCCCAAGCAGAAGGUUUGCUAUGUGACUCCUCUUGACAAAACCGAGGUCCAGGACCCAGACACCACCAUCACCGCCCUCAAGGAAGCCGAGAAAGACGGAGAUAUGCCAGUUGCCGGCAUUCAGACCAGCGACUACCGUAUUGAGGGAGCCCCACAGAAACCAGAGAGCCUCUUGCCAGAUGAUCUCAUCCCCAAGUGCAGGAACUUUGCCACCUUCAGAGCUAAGAAAAUGACGGAGAGCUUCAGUGUUGACAAAAAAGUUCAAUUUGCAGACGGCAGCCGUAAGAAGAGAGAAAUCCCCGCUUUCCCUGUCAUCGAAGGUGAUUCCUGCAACAUGUGCAUGAAGCCAGAGUGUAUUGUCCAGACCCGCCAUUGCCAGUUCACCGUCAUUUGCCAGUAUGUCACCAACAAAUUUGGCGAGAUCGUGGAAGACUGCAGCAAAAACAAGAAGGUUCACAAGUUCUACAACGUCAACCAGUGUAAGCCAUGCUGCGACAUGAACCACCAGGUGUAUUUUCCGCCAAUGCCAGAGAUCGGAUAUCCCGGCGGAAACAUCGUCUGCAGCAAAAUGAUGGCAAACAAGGCCAAAUCUUCCUAUCCAAACUGCCGUGGACAGUAAAUUUGGACCC